AUGACAUCUCACGUUGAGCUCUUGUCAAAUGGUUUACGACAACUAGAACUCCAGCAAUCCGAAACGAAUCCCGGGUCAGACCAUGACGGCGGGGAGCCGCAAUUGCAAUCUAAGAAUGACCCUGCUCCAGAUAACGACUCUCUUGUGGCAUCCUCAUCAGCCAAUCCUUCUUGGCCUCAACCCAGAGACGGUUAUGGCUUUCGACGUCCUUCAGGUACCUCGACACCUCUCACCGUACCCUGUCGUGCUACCGAGGGAGCUUCCCCACUUCCUGACCCUAAUGGUCUUGGAUGGCCUGCCAAAUCCACCGUGUCUCGUCUGAACGAGACCACAACAGACCGCGCUGCGCGUGAGAAAAUGAUGGUCUCUGCGGUACGAACUAUUCUUGAAUGUAUCGGAGAAGACCCCAACCGGGAAGGCUUGUUGAAGACGCCGGAACGGUUCGCUCAAGCCAUGAUGUGGAUGACUCGGGGAUACGAAGAGCGAUUAGCAGAUGUCAUAAACGAUGCAGUGUUCGCAGAGGAUCACGAUGAAAUGGUUCUAGUCCGCGAAAUCGAUAUUUCCAGCCUUUGUGAACACCACUUGGUUCCUUUUACAGGAAAAGUCGCUAUCGCGUACAUCCCAAAUCAGCUAGUGCUUGGGCUUUCCAAGCUUGCGCGCAUUGCCGAAACUUUCAGUCGUCGUCUGCAGGUUCAAGAGCGGUUGACUAAACAGAUUGCUAUCGCCGUUCAGGAGGCAAUUAAGCCCCGCGGAGUCGCAGUCGUUAUGGAAGCAACUCAUAUGUGCAUGACCAUGCGUGGUGUACAGAAACCAGGUUCUAUCACCGUCACUUCCUGCAUGCUGGGCUGUUUCCGAACUCAACAAAAGACUCGAGAGGAAUUCCUCACCUUGAUCAAAAGAUGA